CACACAGCAGAUAGACUUUGGCGAAGCGGGAAUCAAGCGAGUGAAGUGAUAUUGAUCAGUUCCUGGUGUUACAUGAUACAUUGGAAUUGAUUUCCCAUUCUGUCUUUCUUUCCAUUUUAUUUUGAUUUCGUGCUUCCGCCGGCUAUAUACAUUCACAAAUUCACAAUGGCACCAUCUGAUCAAUGGAUCGUUGAUAUUCAAAUGACGCUGGGAUCCGUGAAUCACAGCAAAGCAAAGGCAUGCUGUAUUUCGAAAGUUGCAGAGAAAAUUCGACAAGCCAACGACACAGAGAAAGAUUACAACUACAGACCUCAGUUUGUGGCCAUGGGACCCUUUCACAGUGGAACCAGAGUCGACCUGCAAAUCAUGGAAGAGACCAAGUGGAGUUACAUGAACAAGCUUCUUGCUCGUCCCACUCAUGGAAACUUGCUUCUCAGCACCGUUCAAACCUGCAGUAAGGCCAUUCUGGGGCUGGACAGUAUAGUUCGAUUGAGCUAUGCGGAGAAGAUCCAGCUCGAACCAGAGCAGCUUGCCAGAAUAAUCUUACUUGAUGCCUGCUUUCUCUUAGAGCUUCUUCUUGGGCUCCAUGAUAUCACCCUGGAUGGAUACAGUGACAAGAAACAGAUCUUGCGCGUUCUCACUGAUCUCACUCUGCUCGAGAACCAAAUCCCUUUCUUCGUGCUUACAACUUUGUCCCGUCGACUUUUCAAAGUACAAGAACAAGAAGCUGAUAAAGGACAAGAACUUGACGGUCUACUUGCACUUUCUCAGGAUGUUCCUGGUGGCGGGAUACAACUUUCUCCAGAAAAAAUUGCCAAGUCACUCUUCGGAUACGACAUUGCUGCCGCAGGAGUAUAUCAUUUCCUUCAUCUCAUGCACCUGUCCUCCGUCGACCCCUUUGACAAAGACGUGACUUCCAUGAAAGCUGCUACACAAGAACUGAAACGCUGCGCCACAGAGCUCCAAGCUGCGAGAAUCGAAAUUUAUGCGACUUCACAAAAGAAUACAAACGCUUCUAAUCUUACCGACAACAAAACAGGAAUUGUGGCUUCAGCACUGAGGGAGUUUGUGGACAGGUUCGAUUUUUAUAUAGAUUUUAAGGAAAGUGAGCGGAAGCUGAUAAUCCCGACGCUGUAUAUAAAAGAAGGAACGGAUGUGAAGUGGAGGAAUUUGAUUGCCUGGGAGCAAAGCGGAUUGAAAGAAAUCAGCUUCAAGUUCACCUCGUACGCGUAUUUUCUGAAAGGCUUAAUCUGUUCUGUUCAAGACAUCCGACUGCUAAAAUCCAAAAACAUUAUUGUAGUGGAUGAAGAUUUUGCGAUCAGCGAGCACAAAUUACUGUUCAUGUUCCAAAAUAUCACAGCCGGAGCUGAAAAUAUGGAUUCGAGAUACAGUGCUUUGUGCGUGCGAUUGAACGCAGUGCCGGAGCAUAUUAUUAGUGUUCCUGUGACCGGAUGGUUGACCAUGAAGUGGCAUCAUUUCCAGAGUUUUCUGGAACUGCUUGGUCCUCGGAUCAAAUUCAGCAUCAAAAUCCAAUUCCUGCUUUUGUUCAGCAAGUACAUUCCUGACCCGUGGAUGCUCCUCAAACUUGUGGCAGCUACAAUUCUUCUUGUUCUCACUUCUAUUGAGACCGCUUACACAGUGAAAGACUAUUAUGCCCCAGGUGGCCCUUGAGAGCUAGAAACGGAGAAAAACACGUCUACGAAUUCAUUGUUGAAUUGUGUCUCUGCUACCCUUGAAUAAGAUUUUACCCGUGUUAAUUUCGUUUGAGAUUAUGUAGUACGAAUUUUAAAUUAUUCUCCAUAUGUUCUCCAUGAACUUUUUUUUUUCCCA